AUGCCCGUAGUGACACCCGAAAAGCUGGCCAGCCUGCAAAGGCAUGCGGCCGACGUCCGUAAUAUCUGCAUCCUGGCGCACGUAGACCACGGCAAAACCUCUCUCACAGAUGCUCUGCUCGCCACGAACGGCAUCAUCUCACCCAAGCUCGCCGGCAAGAUCCGCUACCUCGACUCCCGCCCGGACGAGCAGCUCCGCGGCAUCACCAUGGAGUCCUCCGCCAUCUCCCUCUACUUCUCCAUGCUCCGCCGCUCGGCCCCGGACGCGGACCCGGAGGCCAAGGAGUACCUCAUCAACCUCAUCGACUCGCCGGGCCACAUCGACUUCAGCAGCGAGGUGUCCACGGCCUCGCGCCUGUGCGACGGCGCCGUCGUGCUCGUCGAUGCCGUCGAGGGCGUCUGCAGCCAGACCGUCACCGUGCUGCGGCAGACCUGGACCGAGAAGCUCAAGCCGCUGCUCGUCAUCAACAAGAUCGACCGCCUCGUCACGGAGCUCAAGAUGUCGCCCGGCGAGGCGUACACCCACCUCAGCAAGAUCCUCGAGCAGGUCAACGCGGUGCUCGGCAGCUUCUUCCAGGGCGAGCGGAUGGAGGAGGAUCUGAACUGGAGGGAGCGUAUGGACGAGCGCGUGCAGGCGGCGUCGUCCAAGGAUACCGGAGCCGAGCAGAUGACUGAGUCGGGCGAGCUGCAGUUCGAGGAGCGGGAUGACGAGGAUCUGUACUUUGCGCCGGAGAAGAACAACGUCAUCUUCAGCAGCGCCAUCGACGGUUGGGCGUUCACAGUCCGGCAGUUCGCGGGCCUGUACCAGAAGAAGCUGGGCAUCAAGAGGGACGUCAUGGAGAAGGUCCUCUGGGGCAGCUUCUACCUCGACCCCAAGACGAAGAAGAUCCUGGGCCAGAAGCAUCUUAAGGGGAGAAAUUUGAAGCCCAUGUUCGUUCAACUAGUCUUGGAGCCCAUCUGGACGGUCUACCAGGCGACCGUCGGCGGCGAUCACGGCAAGGGGGAUCCGGUGCUGUUGGAGAAGAUUACAAAGUCGCUGGGGCUCAGCAUCCCGCCGCACAUUAUGCGCGCCAGAGAUCCAAGACUGCUUCUGACGACGGUCUUUGCCUCCUGGCUGCCACUAUCCACGGCCCUGCUCGUCUCUGUCGUGGAGUCGCUCCCGUCGCCACCCGCUGCGCAGGCGGAAAGACUUCCAGAGAUGCUGGAGGACGUCCCUGGCGCCGAGGCCAUCAACGAGAAGAUCAAGUCAGCCAUGGUUUCAUUCAAGACUGCCAAGGAGGACCCCGUGGUAGCGUAUGUUUCCAAGAUGGUUUCCAUCCCCGAGUCUGAACUGCCUCAGAACAAGCGCCGCGGCCAGCUCUCCGCCGACGAAGCCCGCGAGCUCGCCCGCAAGAAGCGCGCAGAAGCAGCACGCGCCCAGGCCGCGGCUACCAACGCCCAAAACGGCGUCAACGAUCUCACGAAAGCGCUGGAAGAGGUUAACCUCGAUGACUACACCCCGGAGAACGAGGAGAAGGAGGUCGACCCGGAGCACCUCAUCGGCUUCGCGCGCAUGUACUCCGGCACACUCACCGUUGGCGACUCCCUCUGGGUCAUCCCGCCCAAAUACUCCCCCGCCAACCCGGACGCCGAGCCCAAACCGGUCCAAAUCACUGUCACCGCGCUGUACAUGCUCAUGGGCCGCCAGCUCGAGGCGCUCGAAUCCGUCCCCGCUGGCGUCGUCUUCGGCAUUGGCGGCCUCGAGGGCCACCUCCUCAAGAACGGCACGCUCUGCAGCACCCUCGACGGGGCCGUCAACCUCGCCGGCGUGGCCACCCUCGGCAAGCCCAUCGUCCGCGUCGCCCUCGAGCCCGUCAACCCCGCCGACCUCGACAAGAUGAUCCACGGCCUGCGCCUGCUUGUCCAGUCCGACCCGUGCGCCGAGUACGAGCAGCUCAGCUCCGGCGAGCACGUCAUCCUCACCGCCGGCGAGCUGCACCUCGAGCGCUGCCUGACGGACCUCAAGGAGCGCUUCGCCCGCUGCGACAUCCAGGCCGGCGCCCCCAUCGUGCCCUACCGCGAGACCAUCGUCCGCGCCGAGGAGAUGCGCCCGCCCGCCAACAAGGACCUCGGCCGCGGCGUCGUCGUCGGCACCACGUCCUCCAAGCAGGUCUCCGUCCGCAUCCAGGUCCGGCCCCUCCCCGCCGACGUGACCGACUUCCUCCUCAAGAACAGCGACGUCAUCAAGCGCAUGUACUCGGACCGCAAGGCCGCCGCCUCCGACGAGCCCGAAGCCACCGCCGCAGAGGACAAGAUCGAGGCCGACACAGACCUCUCCGCGGCUAAGACAAUGUCCCUCGACGAGUUCAAGCAGAAGCUUCAAAAGGCCCUCGAGACAGGCCGCCACCGCGAGCCCUUCAAAGCCACAAUCGACCGCAUCGCAGCCUUCGGACCCCGCCGCACCGGCCCCAACCUCCUCAUCGACUCAACCAAGGACGGCCUCCUCUCCAAAAUCUUCUCCUCCGCCGCCGCCGGCACCGAAGCCAACCCCGACGCUCCCUCUGCCCCGCUCGCAGACGAGGCCCUGCGCCCCUCCCACGUCGCCGACAAGAUCCCCUACGCCUUCCAGCUCGCCACCGCCCAGGGGCCCCUCUGUCACGAGCCCGUCCAGGGCAUCGCCGUCUUCCUCGAGGACGUGACCAUCCACACCACCGACGACGACCCCAACCCGCUCGCCCGCGACCGCCUCCCCCGCCUCACAGGCGAGAUCAUCAAGACCUUCUCCGCCUCCCUCCGCUCCGGCAUGCUCGACUGGUCCCCGCGCCUCAUGCUCGCCAUGUACUCCGUCGAGAUCCAGGCCUCCACCGAGGUCCUCGGCCGCGUCUACGACGUCCUCACCCGCCGCCGCGGCCGCGUCCUCUCCGAGGCCAUGAAGGAGGGCACCCCCUUCUUCACCAUCCAGUCCGUCCUCCCCGUCGCCGAGUCCUUCGGCUUCGCCGACGAGAUGCGCAAGCGCACCAGCGGCGCCGCCCAGCCCCAGCUCAUCUUCGCCGGCUACGAGGUCCUCGACGAGGAUCCCUUCUGGGUGCCCUUCACCGAGGACGACCUCGAGGACCUCGGCGAGCUGGCCGACAAGGAGAACGUCGCCAAGCGGUACAUGGACGGCGUGCGGAGGAAGAAGGGCUUGUUGGUCGAGGGCAGGAACGUGGCGCGUGAUGCGGAGAAGCAAAAGACGUUGAAGAGGUAG